AUGGCCAGCUGGACUCUUGUUUUUAGCAAUGUGUUGAAUGAACACAAGGAUUCCUUCAUUGCAGCUAAAGGAAAUUCUUUCAUUAGGGCUUGCAUCCUCAAGAUGAUCAAAGAUGUGAUAGGCAGUAGCAAAGCAGCCAAAGACCCUUGUGUUAUGCUUCCCAAGAAAAAUCUUUGGAAGGCUGUCUGUAUGUAUUAUUUGGACUUCCUGGAGGAUGACGAGGAUUGCAAGGCAGAGGAAGAAAUUAUUGAGGGAGGGCAUAAAGAUAGAUCUGCUCCAGAUGCUGUGACUGUAGAGAUGGUGAGAGAGCAGGAAAAUGAUAAGCCUGAGGAAGCUGGGAAGUACAAGACAGAAUUCUCUGCUUUUGAUGUCAUCCAAAAAUUAUUUAAGGACAAAUUUGAAGAAUAUGACAAGCAGCACCAUGAUACCUCCAACCUCAAGUCUAUGGGUCAGAGGACAAAAUUGGCCUGGGAAUGGCACUAG